CAGUGAUGUUUCCUGUUUUUGUCACACACACGUUUUGUUUUUUAUAUAAUUGACAUAUAUUUGUAUGUAUGUAUGUAUGUAUUCUUUUUGGAGAUUAUGAAGAGGAUCUUCCGUCCAGAACUCGACUGUGAUCUGUGGAUUGUGAUCAGGGUCUUUGAUGGACACGCAGUAGAAGAGAGAGACGAACAGGACGACCACGAUCAAUGAAGGAACCAGACUGACCAAACUGAAUCUGCUUUUGAAGAGAAAAAAAUUUUCUUCAAAUGUGUCGCUUAAAUUAUAAAUCUUUAAAUAUAAAACAAUAACUUAACAUUUGUAAUUAUUUUGAGUUCACAGUUUAAAAAAAAUACUUAUAUACACUGUUUUUAUGUAUAUUUUAUAUACACAAUAAUAAUAAUUUAAAGUGUUUUUAAAAAAUAAAUUAUUUUAAAUACAAAUACAAAAUAUAAUUUUAUGAUAAUAUUAUAGGCUAUCAUUUUUAAUUUGUUUAUUUGUUUUUAUUUUAUUACUGUUUACUUGUAUUUUUUGUAAAUUUAAUUCAGACCAUUAUACUUUGAGUGAGCAAACAUUUAUGUUAGAUUAUUGUAAUGGAUGUAAUAAAAGUAAAUAAAAUGUAAAUAAAAUCUGUUCAUCAUAUUAAGCGAACAUGUGGACUAAACUGCUCCAUUCAUAUAGAUUACUGUUCUGUGUCAUGUGCUUUUUGAAGCUUGAAAAUAAUGAUUGCCUAGACUUUCAAUGAAUGGACAAAAAAUGAGGAGAUAUUAAAAUAUCUUUAUGUCAUUAUACAGUAUAUGGCAGUUUUCCCAGUGGUAUCUAAAGUGGUAUUGAAUAUCAAUAUUUGAAAUUCCAGUAUCGUGACAACACUAAUUCAUGCUUCAUCAAUAAGGUGAAAGAAAAAAAAAAAGUAGCUAUUUUCUAUGUGGAUCUCUGAUUUGAUUCAGCAGUUAUUGAUAAUUAAUUAAAUAUCGCCAAAGUAACUAGUACUCUAGUUUUUGAAAAGAAUACUUUGUACUUUUACUUAAGCACUUUACCACCAGUACUUUUACUUGUAAUUCAGCAAUGUAACAGUACAAUGUAACAGUACUCUUUCCACCACUGGGCUCUACAUUAUUUGGAUAAUUGGUCAAAAAAUUAAGUCUCUUAAAUCGGAUUCUGAAUAUUAUUUUAAUAUAUUUUCUGUCCAAUUUUGGUGUGUUACUUUCAAUAAAAGAGGUUAUUUUAUUGGCUUGUAUUUUUUCUAAUUCAGAUUCAGUCAUUUUUGGUUUCAGUUUUUGGUCAAGUGCAUUCAGAAUUUUCCCAGAAUUCUCAUUUCGCUGCAUUCCUAGUCAUUUCUAUUAUUUUUCCAUUAAAUUAUGGCUUUGUUACUCUUCUGGUACAGAUUCUAUGAGUUACUUGUCCCCCCCUUGCUCAAAUGACAAGCUACACAUAUGAUUGUCAGCAGACAGAAGGAGACAACACAGGUAAUAUCGCUGACAAGCUUUAUUAAUACAGGUAGCAGAGAGCAGUGAAGCAAACAGGUGAGUAGAUGGAAUGCAGAUAGUUUGAAUGAACUUAACUCAGUAGCAAUAGUAUCUGUUUCUUUGUAGAUAUGGAUGGCAGGCAGACGGAUGAUCAGGACUGGAGAAGAGGACUGACAAGGACAGAUGACGGCGAGAACCAGGUGAGUGAUCGGGUGAGUGAUCGGGUGAGUGAUCAGGUGAGUGAUCAGGUGAGUGAACAGGUGAGUGAUCAGGUGAGUGAUCAGGUGAGUGAACAGGUGAGUGAUCAGGUGAAUGAACAGGUGAGUGAUCAGGUGAAUGAACAGGUGAGUGAUCAGGUGAGUGAUCAGGUGAGUGAACAGGUGAGUGAUCAGGUGAGUGAUCAGGUGAAUGAACAGGUGAGUGAUCAGGUGAGUGAACAGGUGAGUGAUCAGGUGAGUGAUCAGGUGAAUGAACAGGUUAGUGAUCAGGUGAAUGAACAGGUAAGUAAUCAGGUGAAUGAACAGGUGAGUGAUCAGGUGAAUGAACAGGUGAGUGAUCAGGUGAAUGAACAGGUGAGUGAUCAGGUGAGUGAUCAGGUGAGUGAACAGGUGAGUGAUCAGGUGAGUGAUCAGGUGAAUGAACAGGUGAGUGAUCAGGUGAGUGAUCAGGUGAAUGAACAGGUGAGUGAUCAGGUGAGUGAUCAGGUGAGUGAUCAGGUGAGUGAACAGGUGAGUGAUCAGGUGAGUGAUCAGGUGAAUGAACAGGUGAGUGAUCAGGUGAAUGAACAGGUGAGUGAUCAGGUGAGUGAUCAGGUGAGUGAACAGGUGAGUGAUCAGGUGAGUGAUCAGGUGAAUGAACAGGUGAGUGAUCAGGUGAGUGAUCAGGUGAAUGAACAGGUGAGUGAUCAGGUGAGUGAUCAGGUGAGUGAACAGGUGAGUGAUCAGGUGAAUGAACAGGUGAGUGAACAGGUGAGUGAUCAGGUGAGUGAACAGGUGAGUGAUCAGGUGAGUGAUCAGGUGAGUGAUCAGGUGAAUGAACAGGUGAGUGAUCAAGUGAGUGAUCAGGUGAGUGAACAGGUGAGUGAUCGGGUGAAUGAACAGGUGAGUGAACAGGUGAGUGAUCAGGUGAGUGAACAGGUGAGUGAUCAGGUGAGUGAACAGGUGAGUGAACAGGUGAGUGAUCAGGUGAGUGAACAGGUGAGUGAUCGGGUGAAUGAACAGGUGAGUGAACAGGUGAGUGAUCAGGUGAGUGAACAGGUGAGUGAACAGGUGAGUGAUCAGGUGAGUGAACAGGUGAGUGAUCGGGUGAAUGAACAGGUGAGUGAUCAGGUGAGUGAUCAGGUGAAUGAACAGGUGAGUGAACAGGUGAGUGAUCAGGUGAGUGAACAGGUGAGUGAUCAGGUGAGUGAUCAGGUGAGUGAACAGGUGAGUGAUCAGGUGAGUGAUCGGGUGAAUGAACAGGUGAGUGAACAGGUGAGUGAUCAGGUGAGUGAACAGGUGAGUGAUCAGGUGAGUGAUCAGGUAUCAAUGUUAAGACCAGACACUAAGGUGAGGAAAGUGGCUGUAGAUAUAGUGAGUGCUGAUGAGGGUAAUGGCUUGCAGGUGCAGGUGAUUGGGGAGUGA